AUGAACGGCGAGACAAUUCGCAGUGCGUCGCAUGCCGGCUCAUGGUAUUUGAGCAAUCAGAGAGAUCUCGAUCGUCAGCUGACGAAGUGGCUCGAUGAGGCUGGUGAUCGUCUUGGCGACGCUAGGGCAAUUAUCUCACCACAUGCCGGCUACUCGUAUUGUGGUGAGACCGCCGCUUACGCAUUCAAGCAAAUCAAUCCGAAUACAGUCGAUCGAGUGUUCAUCUUGGGACCCUCUCACGUCGUGUCGCUUAACGGAUGCGCUUUGACGACAUGCACGAAGUAUCGCACCCCAUUCGGCGAUUUGAAUAUCGACAGCAAUGUGAAUGAGGCGCUUCGCAACACCCGCCAAUUCGAUUUGAUGGAUCGCAUCGAUGAAGAAUCGGAGCACAGUAUUGAAAUGCAAUUGCCAUUCAUCGUCAAGAUCAUGGGAAAUCGAAAAUUCACAAUCGUUCCAAUUCUCGUCGGAUCGGUUACUGGAUCGCGCCAACUUACCUACGGCAACAUCUUCGCGAGCUAUUUGGAGAGCCCACGCAAUUUGUUUGUCAUCUCUUCGGAUUUCUGUCAUUGGGGUGAUCGCUUCUCGUUCGCUCCAUACGACCGAAAUUCGAAUAUUCCAAUCUACCAGCAAAUCACAAACAUGGACAGAGCUGGCAUGGACGCGAUUGAGACUUUGAAUCCGACAAUGUUUAGCGAUUAUUUGAAGAGGACUGGUAACACGAUUUGCGGAAGAAAUCCGAUUAUGGUGAUGCUCCAAGCCGCCGAGCACUACCGUUUGUCCAACAGUCACACUCACGAGUUCAAAUUUUUGAACUACUCUCAAUCAAAUAAGGUGCGCUCCCCAAGCGAUUCAUCGGUCUCCUACGCUGCCGGUGCUCUCUUCGUCAACCCUACAUAA